AUGGAUCGCGGCCAACCUAGCCUAGAGCCCCAGGCCAAGGGCCCAAGCGUGAUCGCGCCGGUGCGCGCAGUGCUUCGUCUACGCCGCCGCGUCUGCGUCCUGCGCAAGAGGCGCCUCUUGCAGCUAGGCACGGAACCGGACGCUGGGACAGGGGUACUCAGGUCCAGCGGCAGCUCCGGGAUUCUGCGUGCGGACCUAGACCAACCUAAGUUCUUCACGUUCGACAGCCUGACGGAGUUGUCUUCCAGGACACCACGCAAGAGGCGUAGGCGUAGUCGGGUAGUGCUCUAUCCUGAAACCUCACGAAAGUACCGACCCCGCACAGAGCGCCAGAGCCGUGCACAGCGUUGUCUGUUGCUGCUUGUAGCCAUCGUGGGGUUCCAGGUUCUUAACGCCAUCGAGAAUCUGGACGAUAAUGCACAACGUUAUGACCUCGAUGGGCUGGAGAAGUCACUGCAACGUUCUGUGUUUGGCCAGCCAGCUGCUGUGGGCCGCAUUAUGGCCCUGCUGCGGGACUACCUGGCUACACACGUGCACAGUCAUCCCUUGCUCCUGGCUCUGCAUGGGCCCAGUGGUGUGGGCAAGAGUCAUGUGGGGCGCCUGCUGGCACGCCACUUCCAUGCAGUGCUGGAGGAUGGCGCGUUGGUGCUACAGUACCAUGCACGACAUCACUGUCCAGAACUGCGCCCAGUUCAGGACUGCCGGAAUGAACUGGCACAGCGUGUGGCAGAUGUGGUGGCACAGGCUGAGGCCAAGGAGAAGACCCCUCUCUUGGUCCUGGAUGAGGCUGAACUACUGCCACCUGCGUUGCUAGAUGAGCUUCAUGGCCUCCUGCAGCCACAGCGCUCCCACCAUUACCACAACGCUAUCUAUGUACUCCUAAGUGGUGUUGGCGGUCUAGAGAUCACGCACUUUGUGCUACAGAACGCAUCACGUAUGUUGCCCCCACACCGCCACAGUGCAAGUAGCACUCAGGCUGAGGUGUCCCAAGCUGAGGAGGAGUUACACAGCAGCCUUCACGAGCUCCUGGCCCGAGAGCACCCUUUGUGGCACUCUGCAGCCAUUGUGCCCUUCCUGCUGCUAGACAAGCCAGAUGUGGUCAACUGCUUCCGAGAGGAGAUGGCAGGGGAGGGCUUUUUCCCUGAGCAGGAGCUGGCAGAGCAUCUGGCAGAACAGCUCAGCUACUAUCAAGUUGCUGGACAUGAAUUUGCCAUCACUGGCUGCAAGCAGGUAGUAGCUAAGGUCAACCUCUUGCAGCAGAAACCUGCACAUGCUGGACACUAGCCAAUGGCCCCAGGCGUUUGAGCUGUUGAAGAGCACAGGAAGAAUGUCAGGUGAUCAGUGGCUCCCCAAGGCUGCUUUGAUCCAGGAGCUAGGGAGGCUGAGCUCUGAGCUCCCUCCCUGCUUCCUCUUCCACUCUAGCCUUAAGGGUCACCAGGAAAGCAGCCACUUCCUAUCUGUAGUCUAGUCCCUCUUCUUAGCCCCCACUAUGUCCAUCAUCUCCCAGAACAUGUGAUAGGGCCUCCCACAACCCCAGGAGGUGGAUGUGUGGAUGUGUGCACUCAUGAUACAGAUUAUCUCAGAUGAGUGGCUGUAGUGACAGCCUGGUCCUGUUGGAAUCUGCGGUAGUCCCUGUGCUUCUCACAAACACCCAAUGACCCCUUGGAUGCCUCCUUAGCUUAGAGGCCACAAGGUGGGGAUCGCUUCUCCAGGCCCUCCUGAGACGGCAGUGGGGUGGAGAGAGGUCUGCAAGCCAGUGCGUAGAUCCAGUGUCAUGGAGCAUGGACUUGGCUGAAUGUGGAUCUAAGUGGGCCAGGCUACCUGUUUGCUCUAGUCUUGUCUUAGUGCUGAGGGACUCAUUCCUUCCACUUGGUCCCUUCCUGCCAUCUGCUCUGGAGUGACAGCACUGGAGUCCACAGCAAAUAAUGGCAGCAGUGAAAGUUUGCAGGAAGCACCAGGCAUGCAUGAGGUCCAGUGGGGUGGGAGACAGCUCAGGCUCUUGGCUGGACCCAUGGGCUGACCAAAGGAGUCAGGGCCUCUACCUGCCUGUGCUGGGCUGGAUGUGGAGACCCCUUUUCCUUGACAGUGUAACUGUCUGGUCACCACAGUUACAUGGGGGUGAGGUUCCCCAUAGCUUUUGGUGCCCCAGCUUCAGCCCUCUCAAUCCCAUCUGCACAUGCUCAAGAAGAGCAAGGUGCUGUGGAAUUUUUUUGGUAUGAGGCACCUUAGUAGUGCUCUGGCAACUUCUGUGCUGCCUCCUGGUGGCUGCACCCAGCCCUUGUCUGUAAUUGAUCACCAUUGCGGGUUAGAAAGGGGCCUGACAGUACAGCAAGAAUGACACCAGAGGAGGUUAGAGAGGAGGAGCCCCUCCAGGGAGGUGGUGUGUCCUCCCCACCCUGAGGAGAGGAGACAUGCUGGGAAACCACCCAAACUCAGGUUUCCCAACAUCACCGGCAGGCUCCCUGAGCAGGUCCUUGCACAUUUUUAAUUGUGUCCCAUUCAGCUUGUUCCAGCUGUGGUCUGAGGACCUGUGUGCUACAGUGACUGGGAGAAGGACUCUGAAAAAAGAACACCCCCACCUGCUGUGCUCUGCACACAGAUCUAUUGCCUGGGAGGUGACCAGCACAUCCUUCCUCAGGCCCCAGGACUCCUUCCUGCUCUGAGGUCUCCCUGAGGUUGAAAGGUUGGGCCGGAGUUGCAAUGGGAUGCAGAGGGUAGGAUGGCCAGACCUGGGAAUCCAGGAGGUUCACCAUCCACCUUAGUUCACCUGCCGAGCCGCAGGGAAGGUAGAGGCUCUUGCUUUACCUUCAGGCCUUUGCGUUGAUGCUUCAAGGGGUUUGUGUGCAUGACCUGCAGAGUAGGGGUGCUGGGCAGUCCUUGCAGGGUGAUGCUGGGGUCCUCAGCACUCCCCAAGAAGGCCCCCAGGAUUGUCAACUGAAAACUCACGUGAAGAGUCUGCUACCCAGCCAAGGUUGCUUGUAUUCACCUCAGUUAACAUUGCAGAGCAUCUAUUUAGUGAAGAUCCAAACCCAUGCAGAGUUUUGUUUUUAUUUAUUUAUAAAACAAUACAUUUAUAAAAUAAUUGCAACGAGGCCAAUUUCUUGUCUUAAGAGGCCUGUACACCCAACACUGAGAAGGUUGUAUCGUGCUUGUAAAUAAAUUGCAGCUCAAAUCUAA